GACACAAGCGCUGAUCCUCUUCUUGAGCAACUCAACUGGAAACGGUUGGAUACUCAGCGACAAAUACAAGUGGCCACCAUGGUCUAUAAAUCUAUACAUGGUCUUGCGCCCGACUAUCUUGGUUCUCUUUUCACUAAAUAUAAUCCACCUUAUAAUUUAAGGAACUCUGAAAACAAACUAGCUGUUCCAUUGCCCCGCACCAAUUUCUUGAAAAAUAGCUUUAGCUAUAAUGGUGCGGUUAUCUGGAACAGCUUGUCCCCUGAAUUGCGGCAAGCAAAAUCACUUAAAUCUUUUCGAAAUGGUUGUCGCGAUUUCUUUGACUGA